AUGAACUGGGAGUCAGCUUGGAGACUGUCUCAGUGGGAUUCAGCAAGCAUUACUGAGAAAUGGGAAACUGCUGGUGUUGCAAGAUGUACAAGCAAGAUGAAUUUCCAUCAGAGUUUAUUUUUAGCUCUACAGUCCAUCCACCACCAAGAUAUUUUAAUUUCAAAGCAGCACACUUUGCAGGCAAGAUUGCAAAUAAUUGAAAAUUUUAAACUGAGCCAGGUUGAAAGCAGCAGUGCAAUUUAUCCCAUGCUUACACAGUUACAAAUUCUUUCUGAAGUGGAAGCAGCUGCCAGUUGCCUCAACAGUAGAAACUCAGAGAAUGAGUUUGUGGGGUUAGUAAGUGAGCUGGAGAGAACCUGGACUUCAAGAGAUCAGGUGAGCAGUGUAUGCCAUACGUACAUGGAGCCUAUAAUCACAGCAAGAUCAUCUAUUGUCAGAGCUCUUAUGUCUUCACAUAAAGGUGUUUGUGAAGUACUUCACUCAACAUUGUUAAAGAAAUCCAUUCUUACUAGAAAUUCCCAAAUGUUAGGGAAUGGCAGUGGUUGUGAAGUAGCUCUAGUUUCAGCUGUAAAAACUGGAUGUCCCCCUGUGUUUGAAAUGGAAAACCCGGUUAGAAGAAGCAGAAGUAGCAAAGAGUCAAGGAGAUAAUCAUCAUGCAAUGCAAGUUCUUGAUGUUUUACUAGAAGACAUGCAG